GAUGGCGAAUUCUGCGUGGAACUUGAAAUAAGCAAGGUUGAAAUCUUAAAAGAAUGGGUUACAUAAAUUUGUAUUUUUUAUAAAUCGUAAGAAAUGAAAACCUCGUCUCGAUACGAUCAAGAAAGCGGAGGCUGGAAUGCAAAGUUUGGAGAACAAACAAGAAAACAGAGGCAUCCAUUGCCAAAGCUUAUUGGCCUUCCUGCUAUUAACUACAAUGGUCUGAGGUGGUUGUGUGAUAUUGAAGGCCUUGGAGAGAGGGACAGGCCAUCCACAUCAGAAGCUCAUGAGUUAUUUUUAGCCAACUAUCCAAAGAUGUUCAACAAUCCCAAACAGCAAGCUUUAAACUUAUCUUUAAAUUCUACACAGCCAAGAAAGCUCAAUUUUGGUGAUGGCCAGUUACUUAAAGCUUCAGAAACCAAAAUACCACAUGACAAAGGGUUAUUUCCUCACUGGUGUAAAGGAUUUGAUGUUCCAGUAAGCCACAACAUAUCGGAACACCUUUCCAAGCUUCAUAAACAUUCAGUCAUCACCAUGUCUGCAGCUGCCUUACUUGACAUGAGAAUAAAGUCCAUUAAAAGAGUGCUACGGAAACAACCCUUUGAAAGAAAAUCAAAGGAGAAUGAGGUGCUAUUAAAACACUUGCAGUACUUUCCAGAAAUAGCUGAGCAGGUAUCAAGACAUGUGCUUAAGGAACUGUGUUCUGUGGCACAGCUUGACAAAUGUCCAGAGGAAGAUUACACAGUAUUUGGGAACACAGGACUGCAUCUCAUCUUGCGUGGCAGUGUUAUGGUGCAGUCAUCACAAGCAUUCUCACCUGAACUUUCAAGAGAAGCAACUGAGGUCUCCUCUCCAUCACCCUCCUGUAUCCUUGAAGAAGAUGAGCUACAAAUUUCAGAAAAGCUCACUGUGGGCCAGUGUUUUGGAGUCCUAAGCAAAGUUGAAGAAAAGGAGGCAAACUCAAAACUUCUCUCUGUUGUCUCCUUGGAGCCAUGUGAGUUCUUGAAGAUUUCAACCAGUGACUAUGCUAGAGUUAUACAGAUAAUUCAAGCCCGAGAGGAAGAGCAGAAGUUGUCUCUAGCAAAGGUGUGUAAGCUGUUCAAUAGCUGGCCUCUGUUGUCACUCAAAAAAAUUGCAGGGCUCAUCAAAUGGAGAAAGUUCCCACCAGGUCAAGUUCUGGUGAGCGAAGGUGAAAGAUGUGAAGUGAUAGGGUUCAUUAAGAGUGGGGAGUGCCUUCUGAGACGUUACAUCAAUGUAGCACAUACAUUUCCAAACGGUAGAAAGGAGCAGCGUGUCAAGUCCGUAAUGAUUGGCAGACUGUCUCCUGGAGACUCGUUUGGUGAGAUAACAGUCCUGAAGGGCUUGCCAAUGCCAUGUUCAGUCAUCACAGACACUCAUGUACAAAUAGGCACCAUAUCUACACUCGAUGUCCAUGACUUGGAUGAGGUCACAAGGUCUCUUCUCUCGCAGUCCUAUUCAGUGAUGGAUGCCAAUUUAACAGAGGACGAGAUACAAAAAGAGUAUAUCGAACAGGAGAAAGAGAAGGAAUGGGUCAGGUUUAAGAACAAAGUCGUCGGCAAUGUGUUACACCACAGAGGCAUUCUUCCUGGUUACAGCAAGUGGAGCAGAAAUCCGUCACUUUUGGAGGUGUCAGAGAAAUGAACCAAAUUAGCGAUCACGUGUCCGAUUGACUUCACUGCCUUAGUUCUCUUUAAGCAUCAGAACGAGGACGUCAUUUUCAGACGGAAGGUCACGCGGAGUAGUCUGGGCGAGACCUUACACCGGCUUUCGGUAUUUGGAUUCCCCCUUCUCGAGUGGGUGGGGGGAGGGGAGGGGAGGGGAGGGGAGAAGGAUGGAGAAGGUUAUUUGGUGUGCUUUCUCACCACGGUACAUCAGAUCAAAAGAAAUGAGUGUUAUUUCUUAUCUUAUAUCAGACCUGAAAACAAUGAAACCCGAAAGAAUAAAUAACAUAUCCGUUGGCUGUCGGCAUACCUUUAUCCUUCACACAGGACCAACCAUCCCUAUCCCCUUCUCUCCCCCCCACCCACGAUUCUUACCCAUGGCAUCAUUAAGACUCCAUACAAAAAUUCUUUAAGUCAUUGCAAGAGAUUAUCAAGUCUUGAUCACUAUUCACUAGAGAUACCAUUUUGCUUAGUUCCUAGCUACCACUCAAUUUUUGGAGGGUACAAAUCUCAGCUAAUGCACAACUGCCUCUGAUGCACCAGUACAGAUCUGAAUUGUAUUUACUGUAUCUAGAAAAAAGAAGGAUUAUUUUCUUUUUCGAUUUAAAUUUACAAAUAUCAUUUGAAAAAUUUGGUUUGUAUUUUGUACAGAGUUGUUAAAAAAGUGUAGUCGCACCAUUGUAAAUAUGUGAAAUAUUACAUGCAGCAACAAAAUAUGCGUAAACUUAAAGAAAAAUGAACUCCAGUGUAAAGUGAAAAAUUGCGAUCAGGUGGCCAUUCUCUUCGAAAACCCCGGCUUGCGAGCAGACCCUCAUUAUCGCUGCAGGACUCGCGUGUUUCUCCGCCCGCGGGAAGAUGUGAGACGAGUCGGGAAGAGGUAUACCGCGGGUCUGGCACCUCGCGAACGAAAACUGGAAGAAGGAUAAAACUAACUCUUGCGCACCUUAACGCUAAUGUAUCGACCGUAGAGUCUUCGUUUUAGCACUUUUAACCAAACUGUAUUGACCAAAAGGGUGUUUACAGAGCACCAGGAAUAAGAACUUUUAACUUCCGGUUGCUGUGCGCGUCUCUAAAAUGUUGGUGCUUAUUAUUAAUAGACCUCUCGCUGGCUCACGUUGCACAAGGUUUCACGAUUUCCCGCGGGUGGAGGAGCGCUCGUUCCCAGGCUCUUAUAAUGAGGGCCUGCUUGCUAGUAGGCUGCUAAAACGUAGAUUCAUCAACAAAUUCUCGGACUUGUUGAUCAAAGUAUCUCUGAAUUACUUACUUGUGGAGAACAUAUGUGUGAUUAGCAAAAUACAAUACGCCAUGAACAUAAAAUAUAUAUUAACCUCACUUUAUUUCAUCGAUUU